AUGGCUGCUCGCCCUUUCCUCGAGCAGCCCGACACCGGCAUCGACCUCGUCCUCGGUGAUCUGCCUACUGGUGAGCUCCCCAAGCUCGACCAGAUGAUCGGCAUCCCCGACUUUGAGUGGGCGGCUCAGAACUACCUCCCCAUCGAGAACUACACCUACUACCGUAACGGUGCCGCCGGCGAGUUCUCGUACCGCAACAACCUCGAGGUCUUUCACCGAUACCGCUUCAAGCCCCGUGUCAUGGUUGACAUUACCAAUGUCGAGAGCACUCUGCCUACUACUAUCCUGGGCCACAACUUCUCUGCCCCCUUCUUCAUCAGCCCCUGUGCUCGUGCUGGCAACGCCCAUCCCGAUGCCGAGCUGAACUUUGUCAAGGGUGCUGCCGAGGGUGACAUUCUCUACAUGCCCGCCCUCUACGCCUCCCGCACCAUUGAGGAGAUUGCCGCUGCCAAGGCCAAGGGCCAGGUCGUCUUCCAGCAACUCUACCUCACCUCCAACGACACCGAGACUCAGGAGCUCUUUGACCGCUCCAAGAAGGCUGGUGCUGAUGCCCUCGUCUUCACCGUCGACUCUGCUGCCGACGGCAACCGACACCGUGCUGCUCGCUUCGGUGUUGGCUCUGCUGACUCGGACUACUCCUACAUCACCUGGGACUACUACAAGAAGCUCCAGAAGAUGACCGAUCUCCCUAUCAUUAUCAAGGGCAUCGGUUCCGCCAAGGACGCCCAGCUCGCUGUCAAGCACGGUGCCCCUGCCAUCAUCCUCUCCAACCACGGUGGCCGCCAGCUCGAUGGUAGCCCCUCUGGUCUUGAGGUUGCUCUUGAGAUCCACGAGGAGUCCCCCGAGGUCUUCAAGAAGAUCGAGGUCUAUGCCGACGGCGGUGUCCGCUACGGUGCUGAUGUCCUCAAGCUGCUGUCCCUUGGCGUCAAGGCUGUCGGUCUUGGCCGUCCCUUCAUGUACGCCAACGUCUUUGGUGUCGACGGUGUCAAGAAGGUCAUCGACAUUCUCAAGCACGAGAUUGCCAUUGAUGCCGGUAACCUGGGUGUCCCUGACAUUCACAAGAUCAACCCCAGCUACGUCAAGUGGAACGUCAACAGCUGGAACCAGUAA